GUUUUGGGUUAGGUGAGAUGAGGGUGAUCCUCGGUAGAAACAAAACCUGUCAUUCACAGUGAGUAAGAGCCCUGAGAAUGAGCCAGAAGCAGGCCAUGUGCUUUUUCCUUUACAGUUCCUGCUCUUGCUUUCCUACUUCCAAAAGAGCUCCGUGCUGAAUCUUCUUUGGGCAGCAGAGGGUGAAGAGGACGUUUCCAGGGUUCUGAUAGGUCCAUUGGCGUGUGUCCAGUCCUAGCACUGUCGUUCUGGUGGUGCCCAUUGCAUUCCGUGGUGUUUUCAGAAUCCGUUUCAGGAGAGAGUUGUUGUAGUUUUCUUUCAACACCAUUACCUCAGCUUGCUGGCAUUUCCCAUCAGCCACCAGUACUGAUGGAAAGGCAACCCAGAUUAGGCUACUCUCCACUAGCCCAGCUUUAUGGGGCCAUCCAUUUGCCAAAAGGAUAAUAGAAGCAGACCCUGGAUGUAAGACAGGGAACAUAAAAAAAUAAUUUGAUAAUUUAAAAGGAGUGAUGGGGGAUGGCUCAGCAGCUAAGAGCACUCGUUUACAAAUUUGGUUCUAGCACCCACAUGGCAGCUCACAACUCUCUGUAACACUAGUCCCAGCUGAUCUGACACCCCCUUUUGGCCUCCACAGGCACCAGGCAAGCACAUAGUACACAGACCUCCAUGCAAGCAAACCAUCCAUACAUAGAACAACUAAUAACUAUUUUUAAGAGAAAUGACAUUUCUUGUAGUGAGUAAUCUUGGUGUGAACAGUACACACUACUUAUAAGAAAUAUCUUGGUUGCUAUGAGAACUACCUCUCAUGUAUUCUUUUCAAACUACACAUCAUUUAAUCUGUUCAUUAUUAAACAAUAAAUUGGUCGUGGCCCUUCUCUUCGGCCCCAGGUCAUUGCUCCCCUUGCAGCUUGUUCAUAAAGUUAUUGGGGCUUCUCCAACUGAGGUGUGGAUUUGCAUGGGAUUGUACAGUUUGUGUGGGAGCUGCACACUUAAGUUGCCCAGUGUGGGCCACCAUGUGCAUUCCUCCAGUUGGCCUUUAGAAGGCCUCACAGACUUUGGCUCACCAUGCAUGAGACCAUUGAAGAGGCACUGGGAGGGGGCUGGAGAGAUGGCUCAGUGGUUAAGGGCACUGACUGCUCUUCUAGAGGUCCUGAGUUCAAAUCCCAGCAACCACAUGGUGGCUAACAACCAUCUGUAAUGGGAUCCAAUGCCCUCUUCUGGCGUGUCUGAAGACAGCUACAGUGUACUUAUAUAUUAAU